GCUGAAACAUUUUACCCUCAAGACACUCAAGAACAAGAAAACAUGGAGCAGGGAAAAAUUAGAAGAGAAUCAGAAAAAGUCAAUAAAGCUAAAGAAAAUGAAAUUAAAGACCCAGCAAUUACAUUAGACGAACUAAUUACUGUCACUAAUAGUUUCAACCCUAAGAAAGCACCAGGUAAAGAUGGACUGACAGCAGAUAUUUGCAAAGAAGUUAUAAAAACUGACCCAACAUUAUACCUCAACAUAGUGAACAAAUGCCUAGAACUAGGGUAUUUUCCGACACUGUGGAAAGAAGCAACUAUUAUAGUAAUUAAAAAGCCUGGAAGGGAUAAUUAUAAAGAACCUAAAUCUUACAGACCAAUAGGAUUAUUACCAGUAAUGGGAAAAAUUUUAGAAAAACUCAUUAUCAGAAGAAUUAACUGGCAUAUCAUCCCCAAACUUAGUAUCAAUCAAUUCGGCUUCAUGCCACAAAGAAGUACAGAAGAUGCACUCUUCAAAUUAAUAAAUAACAUAAAACGUAAACUCAACAAUAAAAAGAUCAUUACAUUAAUUUCCCUAGACAUCGAAGGGGCGUUUGAUAAUGCAUGGUGGCCGCAAAUAAUAGUUAGAUUAGCAAAAUUAAAAUGUCCCAUAAAUUUAAGAAAAAUCAUAGAUAGUUACCUUAAUAAUAGAUACAUAGAAUUAAAUUACUUGGGGGAAAAAAUUAGAAAAAACACUAAUAAAGGAUGUGUUCAAGGAUCAGUGGGAGGACCCGUCCUCUGGAACGUUGUGAUUGACACUCUUCUUCAAAAAUUAGGAGAGGAAGGAUGUGAAUCACAAGCUUUUGCGGAUGAUGUCGUUCUUAUUUUUGAGGGUGAUAACGCUGAGGCAAUAGAGAAUGAAGCAAAUAAAAUAUUAAAAGUAGUCAAUAACUGGGGGAUCUUAAAUAAACUUAAAUUUGCACCGCACAAAACUAAAGCCAUAGUAUUUACAAACAAAUUAAAAUAUAGAAACCCUGAAAUAAUAAUGAAUGAUAUAAAAAUAAAAAUAGAUAAAGAAAUAAAAAUAUUAGGACUUACAAUAGAUAGAAAAUUAACAUUCGAAAAUCAUAUAAAUAAUACUAUAAAGAAAGCUACUAAAUUGCACAACUAUGUCAGUAAAGCCGCGAAGGUCAACUGGGGACUAAAUCCGGAUAUUAUCAAAACUAUUUAUUUAGCCGUAAUAGAGCCUAUCAUUCUUUACGCCUCACCAGCCUGGGGCGACGCAGCAAAUAAAGUAAGCAUCAAAACCAAACUCAAGCAAAUACAAAGAAAGUUUGCCAUAAAAAUUAUUAAAGCAUAUAAAACAGUGUCUUACGAAGCAUCAAUAGCAAUAGCCGGCCUUCUGCCAUUAGAUUUAAAAAUUGGAGAAAUAUUAAAACUAUACAAAAUUAAAAAAGGAAUUGAGAAUGCUUACAAAGACGUAGAGCCAGAAAUAAAAAUAGAUUAUAAAUUAAAACCACAUCCUGCAAAAGAAAAUAGAUUAAAAUUUAGAUCAAUAAUUACGGAAAAAGAGUUAAACGAAAUAAACGGGGUUAAGAUAUUUACAGACGGUAGCAAAAUUGAAGGUAAAGUAGGAGCUGCAUAUGUAGUUUACAAAAACGGAAAAGAGAUUUUAAAUAAAAAAUUUAAACUAGGUAACCAAUGCUCAGUAUACCAAGCAGAAUUAUUGGCGAUAUUAAAAGCUCUGGAAGCGCUCUCUGAUACAUGGGGUGAGGAAAUCAACAUUCUCAGUGACUCACUCUCCUCCAUUAAAGCCAUCACAGAACUAAAUUCUAAUCAUCAGUUAGUAUACGAAAUAAAAUCUAAAUUUAAAGAAUUCGAAAUUAAUAAUAAAACUGUAAACUUACUUUGGGUUAAAGCACAUAUAGGUCUAAAAGGAAACGAAAGAGCAGACGUAUUAGCAAAAGAGGCGGCACUAAAGUUAAAAAUCAAACCAACCUAUGAAAAAUGUCCUAUUUCCGCACUUAAAAGAAUAAUUCGGGAGGAGAGUGUGGAGGAGUGGUGUGACAGAUACAGCACAUCACAGAAUGGAUCUGUCACAAAACUCUAUUUUCCGAGCCCAAAAAUAGCGUUCCACUAUAAUAAAAUUAACAACCACCAUCAGACGAAUACACAAAUUCUCACGGGACACGGAGCUUUUAGCAGCUACCUGCACAAAUAUAAAUGUAAGAAUGAUCCGACAUGUGAGUGUGAUAAGGUCACUCCCGAAACAGCUAUUCAUUGUCUUACGGAGUGCCCCAUCUACCACGUAGAAAGAUGGAACCUGGAACAAAAUACCAAAAUAGACACCAAAUCGGAAAACCUCGAAGACCUAGUUUUACUUAGACCAGACGAGUUUUUCCGAUUUGCACAAAAAAUAGUUAAAAAACUAAUUGCUAAAAAUAAAAACUAA